UUUGUGGACUUGAACUCACAAGCUUUGGUUUUAAAGUCUUGUCAGCUCCAUUGACAUUUAACUUGAGGAUUGUUCAUUACAUCUUGGCUCCUUGUUAGACUCUACAAAACCACAAAACAACUAAUUUACUUGAAGUGUAGCAGAACUAAUUACGAGCCAAAUGCAGAGAUCAGGAGUAAACCUUACACUUGGACAGUUAGCAUCUAAAUACUGAUAUGCAUAAACUAAGGAAAAAUACUCCCUUCAUCGAUUGCUGGCGUCAAAGAUGGCGUGCUGGCAUUUCACCGCAUUUCUCUACACAAUCUUCCAUGCCGUGACCUUCCUGAAAUUCUCCAGUGGAGCAGAUACACUUCUCCCCAACCAAACUAUUGUUAAUGGGCAGACUUUGAUUUCUCAGAGCCAAAUUUUUGAGGUGGGGUUCUUCUCCCCUGGCGCAUCCGCAAAUAGUUUCUUGGGCAUAUGGUACAGAAAUACUCCGGAUGUCGUUUGUUGGGUUGCAAACAGAAACUAUCCCAUCACAGAUCCAGAAGGGGUAUCUUUAGCUAUAGCCAGGAAUGGAACACUAGUAAUAAGUAGUGCUGGAAGAGUUAUUUGGUCGGCGAAUUCAGGCCGGGUGGCUUCCAAUCCAAUUUUGCAGCUCUUGGACACUGGGAAUCUUGUUGUUGUAUAUGAGGCUGGUGAAUCUUCUUCUCAAGAGAGCUACAUAUGGCAGAGUUUUGACUAUCCAAGUGAUACCAGGUUGCCUGGGAUCCAUAUGGUAGAUGACCCUGAUACUGGUACGGAAAAGUAUUUGACCGCAUGGAGAAAUCCUGAUGAUCCGUCCCCUGGAAAUUUCAGUUACAGGAUAGAAAACCAUGGCUUGGCUGAAAUGGUUAUUUUCCAGGGGACGACGAAAAAAUAUCGCUCUGGCCAAUGGAACGGGCUUGGCUUCACUGGAAUUUCCCCCUCUCUGAGGCCACGUUACAAGUCCGACCUCAAGUUCAAGAACGAUGUAUUGGUAUAUCUGUCUGAGAUUUACGACAGUUCAAUUGUUGAAAGAAUAACAAUAGAGCCAUCUGGAAUUGUCCAGCGUUAUAGUAUGAAUGAGAAGAAAGAUAAGUGGAAUCUCUUGUACUCGCUUCCACGAGACCCUUGUGACAAUUAUGGCCAAUGUGGGCCUUACGGUAUUUGCAGCACGGACAAAACACCGACAUGUGAGUGUUUGAAGGGAUUUGCCCCUAAGGCACAACAGGAGUGGGAUUGGUCCAGCGGAUGUGCAAGAAUUAGGCCAUUGAACUGCGGGGAUGGUGAUGGUUUCAUUGGGGUUCCAAGGGUAAAAUUUCCUGAUAUGCUGAAAUUUCUGUUGAAUACUAGCAUGACCAUUGGUGAAUGUCAAGCCGAAUGCUUGAAAAAUUGUAACUGCACGGCAUAUGCUAAUCCAUACAUAACCGAUGGACGCAGUGGUUGCUUGAUAUGGUAUGGGGAUCUUAUUGAUAUCAGAGAGGUUCCCGAAGCAGAUAACAAGCAAAUUGUUUAUAUUCGCUUGCCAGUUUCGGAACUGGAAUCUAGCAAUAAUUUAGAGAAGACGAAAAGGAACAAGAAAAUGCCUAGAAAGGUAAGACUGAUAUUAGUGGCUGCUGGAGUUGUUUUCUUUUGCUUCAUCUGUUGCGUUACGCUUGUUAUUAGAAGACUGAAGAGACGAGCACGAAGGAAAAAUGAGGAUUUAGAAUUACCUUUGUUCAAAUUAUCAAUGAUUGCUGCUGCGACAAACAACUUCUCUUGUGGAAAUAAGAUUGGGGAAGGAGGCUUUGGUCCUGUUUACAAGGGCAACUUGUCAGCACAAGAAGAAAUAGCAGUAAAAAGACUGUCGAAAACAUCCACACAAGGUCUUGAAGAGUUCAAAAAUGAAGUUAUUCUCAUUGCCAAACUUCAACACAGAAACCUUGUCAGGCUUUUGGGAUGUUGCAUUGAAAGAGAGGAAAGAUUGCUUAUAUACGAGUACAUGCCGAAUUGGAGCCUGGAUUAUUUUGUUUUUGAUGAGACUAGAAGAAAAUUGUUGACAUGGCCUAAACGCUUUGAUAUCAUAAUGGGAAUCGCAAGAGGACUCCUCUAUCUCCAUCAUGAUUCUAGAUUAAGAAUAAUCCAUAGAGAUCUGAAAACAAGCAAUAUUCUACUGGAUGCAAAUUUGAAUCCAAAAAUUUCUGACUUUGGCUUAGCAAGAACUUCGGGAGGUGAUCAAAAUACUGACAGGACAAAGAGAGUUGUUGGGACUUAUGGUUAUAUGGCUCCAGAAUACGCUAUUCACGGGAAGUUCUCUGUGAAAUCUGAUGUCUUUAGCAUGGGAGUCCUCUUGUUAGAGAUAGUGAGCGGCAAAAGGAACAGGGGCUUUAAUUAUUCCAAUCACCAUCAUAGCCUUUUGGGACAUGCAUGGCUACUAUGGCAAGAGAACAAGGAUGUAGAGCUAAUGGAUGAAUGUUUGAAUGACACAUUUGUUGAAUCUCAAGUAAAGAGAUGCAUUCAAGUAGGCUUGUUAUGCGUGCAGAGAUUUCCAAAAGACAGGCCAGUCAUGUCGUCUGUGCUUUUCAUGUUAGGAAGCGAGGGAGUUGUUCUGCCUCAGCCUGAGGAACCUGGAUUUUUCAUGGAAGGGAGUUGCAGCAAUAGCACAGAAAAUCCUAUACCAAGUACAGGGUCCAAAAAGGGUUCAAUCACCAUUACUGAACUGGAACCCAGGUAGAGAAAAGCAUUGUGAUUUCUUGGGCCUGGAUUUUCUUAAUGGAAGGGAAUUCUAACUCUGCAAGAAGUUGUACAUCAAAUAGUACUAAUUAUGAAGAAACACACAGGUCCAUCACUGAUUUGGAGGCUAGAUGAAGAGGUUUCAACGUAUUACUACCUCUUCUUUUGUUAGCCCGCUGGUACUUUGUAAGAGAGAAAUUUUCUUGGGAAAAAAGCUACUGUGGCAACUUUAGUAAAAAAUACGUUCAUUA